CGUCAUAUCAGCUGGUGUAUUUUUUAAAUAGCCCAUUGAAGUUAAAAAAAUGAAAGAAUACGGAUACAAAUUAAAGGAUGGUGUUAUUUAUGGUGGUGAUGUGUCCCUGCCGUCGCAUCUUAAUUAUGGGAAAAUUGUGGUGGAGUUAUUAAGGCGUCAUAAAGACAAACAAGCUUUGAUUGAUGGUAUCACUGGAGAGAAGAUCACAUUUAAUGAACUGGCACAAAAAGUGUUGAACACAGCAGCGUCGCUGAUACAACUGGGAGUGAAGCGAAGAGACGUCGUGUCCAUAUGCAGUGAAAAUAGAAUAGAGUUCAUGAUCACCGUGUUUGCUACCAUAUAUAUUGGAGCUGUGGCUAAUUUCGUCAACUGCGCUUACAGCAAGGAUGAAAUAAUUCACACUAUACAAAUAUCAAAGCCGAAACACAUAUUUUUAUCGCCUACGACGUAUGACAAGUAUUUCAAAAUUUUAAACAAAAACGUCUCCAUUAAUCAAUACUUCGUAUUUGGGAAACCCAUGAAAGAUGUGAAUGUAAUCUGUUUUGAAGAACUGGUGAGAAAUAGCGUGAAAGGGGACUCUGUUCAGGCGGCGAAUAUUACUGAUGGAUCGGAAACGGCCAUUAUAGUUUAUUCGUCGGGAACUACGGGACUACCUAAAGGAGCCAAGUGGACACAUCUAAAUCUUCUUGUAACGGCUUUACAGCCCAUAUGCACAUAUCGAAAUUUGACUUUUCUCAACAUAGCACCUUGGACUAAUACAGUAGGCUAUAUGCUUACGACACAGAUGCUGCUCGAUGGUAAAUCUGCAGUAUUCUUGACAAGAUUCGACGAAGUCACUUAUUUGCGAACGAUAGAAAAAUAUAAGGUCGGGUUCUUACUCGCAGUACCUCCUCUGGUAAUCCUAUUGAGCAAAUGUCAAUUUCUAUACAAAUAUGAUGUUAGUUCGAUUAAAGUCAUAUUGUGUGGAGGAGCAUCCCUCGAGUCUGACGUCAUUGCUGACGUUAAAAGAAGAUUACCCAACUUGGAGUAUGUACUGCAAGCGUACGGUAUGUCCGAGGCUACUGGGGCUAUUACGAUGGAGUACGAGAGUGCAAACAAAUUAGGAAGUGUUGGCAAAGUUAUGCCAGGCAUUAUAGUAAAGGUUGUAGAUACUGAAUCCCGGAAAAUUCUGCCUCCCAAUCAACCUGGUGAAGUGUGCCUCAAGGGAGCAGCUUUGUUUGGUGGCUACAUUGGACAUAAUGUAACUGGAUCGGAUGACUAUGAUGAGGAGGGUUUCUUCAAAACUGGUGACAUUGCGUACUAUGAUGAUGAAGGAUUCUUUUUCAUUGUGGAUAGAAUAAAAGAUCUGAUCAAGUACAAGUCCUGGCAGGUCGGUCCAUCAGAACUAGAAGCAGUUCUACUCCAACAUCCAGAAGUGAAAGACGCGGCAGUGAUCGGUGUACCAGACUCCUUAGCUGGUGAACUACCACUUGCAUUUAUAAUCAAGCAACCAGGAUCCAAUGUUAAUGAAAAGGAGAUUAUAAAUUUCGUAGAACCAAAAGUCUCGCCGUGGAAGCGAUUGCGCGGGGGCGUGCGGUUUGUCAGCGAGAUCCCGAAGAAUGGCAGCGGGAAGAUAUUGAGGAGGCAAUUACGCGAGCUGAUUGCGAAAUCGAAGAGUAAACUGUGAUUUGAAUAUUUUUAUGUUUGCUAUACAUAGAGGCGGUGACAAGGUGGGUCGGGAUUUAUUGAUUACCUCAUAUUAUAUAUGUAUAUAUAUAUAUAUAUAUUCGCAUUUUAUAUAUUUUGUUAUAUAUAAAUAUAAUGCGAGUAUAUAGGUACUUAUUUGAAUGAAAAAUAAUGACAAUAUACAACGAGUAUUAUAAAUUAAUGUUCCAAACUCAAAUAUAAAAUUUUACCGAAUUCGAGUUUUGUUUACAAAAAAUAAAUUGGGAAGUGUUUCGAUUUUUUGAAGAGAAGUAAGUA